GCCUGCGCGAAAGCAGCACGGACGGAGAGCGCGCGCAGGCGCAAAAGCCGGAGGAGGCGCCGGCUCCAGUCCCUCCUUCCGGUCUCCGUCCCCUUUCUCCCCGCGCUCUGGUCGCGGCAGCGGGUGACCGCCUCCCCAACCCAGGGGCAGGGGGCAGGGGGCCAUGGAGAAUGCUAACGGCACCAAGCAGAGCGUGACUGAGGACUCGAGUCCGGCCGAGGGGCAAACCGGGAGCAUCACUCCGCAGGGAGAGCAGGGGCAGCUGCUUUAUCACGAGGAAACCAUUGACCUCGGUGGAGACGAGUUUGGGUCUGAAGAGAACGAGACUAUAUCAGAAGAUUCUAAUAAUUUCGUAGAUAAGCUUAAUGAGCACCUGAUGGAGAGCGUCCUCAUUUCUGACUCUCCUAAUAAUAGUGAAGAUGACUCAGGUGACCUUGGCUGUUUGCAGGAUGUUGUGGAGCCUGCAGAAGGCAGUGCUGGUCCCACACUGGAAAGUCUCGGGGACGAAGGAGCAGUGGACACCCUGAGCAAGGACAGUGAAAGUGACGGAGAGGAUGUGUCUAAAGACAUCUCUGACACGACCCCGGACCCAGACCACAACCAAGUCAAAGGUGUGCCCGCCUUGGGAGAGGAGGGUGCAAAGGACCCUGGCCCAGGGGACGGGAGCACUCACCCGGAAGGGCUGGGGUGCACCCCACCUCCGAGACUGUCCCCUCCCACUGAGGAGCCCGUCCCGGUGUGCACCAUCUUCAGCCAGCCGCUUCCCGCCCGCUCCCAGCCGCCCCUGCUCCUGCGGGAUGGCUUCGAGCCCCAGAUGGUGAAGUCUCCGAGCUUCAGUGGUGCGAGCGAAACGGUGGCCAAGACCCCUCCCCAGGCUGUGCAGCCAAGCCCCAGCCUGAGUAAAUUUUUUGGUGAUCCUGCCAACACUAAUUCCUUGGCCUCAGACUUCUUUGAUUCGUUCACAACUUCCACUUUCAUCUCCGUCAGUAACCCCCAUGCAGGUUCUUCAGCUCCAGAAAAACUGUCUUCGCUCUCCACUCCGGGGGGAGAAAGAUCCCCAGGUGCUGCUGAGCCUUCUCACUCUCCAGGGAUCGAAAAGUCAAAAGCAGGUGUUUCCCCAGCUUCUGCAGAAAUCUCUCAGUCUCCAAAACCGUUUUCACAGAUCCAGGCUGUGUUUGCGGGGAGCGAGGACCCCUUUGCCACGGCCCUGAGCAUGAGCGAGAUGGAUCGCAGAAGUGAUGCCUGGCUCCCCGGGGAGGGGACCAGGGAUGUCCUGAUUUCAGUAGCCACCCAACAGUACAGCACAGUGUUCGUAGACAAGGAGAGCCUCACCAUGCCAGGCCUCAAGUUUGACAACAUCCAGGGGGAUGCAGUUAAAGACCUGAUGCUUCGCUUCCUGGGUGAGAGAGCCGCAGCGAAGAGACAGGUCUUAAAUGCCGAGUCCGUAGAGCAGACUUUCGUCGGGUUGAAACAGCUAAUUAGCUGCAAAAACUGGAGGGCAGCGGUUGACCUCUGCGGGCGCCUUCUCACGGCCCACGGCCAAGGCUACGGCAAGAGCGGGCUGCCCACCAGCCACACGGCAGACUCCUUACAGCUUUGGUUUGUGAGGCUGGCACUGCUGGUGAAGCUGGGCCUUUUCCAGAAUGCUGAGAUGGAGUUUGAGCCCUUUGGAAACCUGGACCAGCCUGAUCUCUAUUACGAGUACUACCCUCACGUAUAUCCUGGGCGAAGAGGCUCCAUGGUCCCCUUUUCGAUGCGGAUCUUACACGCGGAGCUUCAGCAAUACCUGGGCAAUCCACAGGAGUCCCUGGACAGACUGCACAAAGUGAAGGCCAUCUGCAGCAAGAUCCUAACAAAUUUGGAGCAAGGCUUAGCUGAAGACGGAGGCACGAGCAGCACCUCACAGGAGAACAGACGAGGGGCAGUUUCCACCUCUCUGUGCCUGACUUGGAGCGGACUCUGCAGACCACUGGCCAGCAUGCAUUCCUCUGGCAAGCGGGGGGCCUCCUCUGAAGCUGCUCGGGGAAGAACGAUGGGCCGAAAGCAGGCGAAAGUGUUCCCCUGGGGAGGGGAACACUGCAGCCUCCAUUCAGCUGUGGCGGUCCCGACUAGGCCGGGUGAUGUGCUCCAUGGCAAACUGCCUGCUCCUGAUGAAGGACUGAUGUUUCAUGAAUCAUGGGGCUAAGACUGCCCAGGAGGGAAGUUACCUGUUCCACGGGUAGAUUUUUAUUUGAAGAUUACGGGAGAAAAGUGCUCUUACUGGUUUUUCCAUGGUGGUAACAGUACCGUCAAGCAGCCACGUAAGUUUUCUGCCUGCGUCGUCGGGACCCAAGACAGAGCCUGUUCCUGUUUCAAAAGUACUUCAUGGUGAAUGCAGGUUAAUUGGAAUUUUCCACUAAUCUUCCAUUUUCAUGAGUUAAAAAGGGAACAUUGUGCGGUGGAAGCCUGAGCGAGCACGUGCGUGCGCGUUCUCUGGCCACGUGGGGCACGUGCACGGCCCUCGUGUGCCGCUCGUGUCCAACCGCGAGUUAUAUCAUCAGCCACUCAGUUCUUGUCGGUCACGUGUCUGUUACGGUGAAAUAAAUAUUAACUUUUUUAUGACAAGAAAUCCACUCUUACGUUUCAGCCCCAAAUACCAGCAGGACGUGCCGUUGGGCCCGGGGACGGGUGUGCCGUGGCCGGGGACAUUUGCGCAGUCCCACGUUUUAAAUGCCACUCCCUUUCCUUAGACCCGUGGUAGUGUGGGGGCACCACGCCGGCUGACCAGCACCUACUGCUUCACUGUGCCGCAGGGACCCCCUCUCCCGGCCCCACGUAGGCAUCAGCUGAGGGACCACGCAGCCACGUAAACCAGCCUCUUCCACUUCAGUCAUCCACACAAACCCUCUCGGCCCGCAAACAGUUGUAAAUCCAGUUUCGCGGCCACCAAACCAGCGUAGCUGCUAAAGGGAGAAGGGUGAGCACUGAGCUAGAAUAGGCCUGUCCUGUAAGCAGCUCACAAGUGGCCUUUCCCAGAGCCAGUCUGUGUGGUCUGCAGUGGGGUAAACUCUCAAAAGAGCUCAUCUGAGGGGCGCCUGGGUGGCUCAGACGGUUAAGCGUCUGCCUCCAGCUCAGGUCAUGAUCCCAGGGUCCUGGGAUCAAGUCCCGUGUCCAGCUCCCUGCUCCACGGGGAGCCUGCUUCUCCCUCUCUCCCCUACUCGUGCUCUCUCUCACUAUCUCGCUCUCAAAUAAAUAAAUAAAAAUUUAAAAAUGUAAAAAAAAGAUCGUUUGAGCCAUUUUCCCUUUAAGAGACUGUAUUCCCUCCACUUCCAGCAAAUAAACCAUGUCAAGCCAUGAUAAUCAAUUUCAGGAAGCUCUGUGGCACACUUCCGCUCUGCUUCAUUUGCAAGUAGUCUCCGCGAAACAUUCCGGAGCCCGUCCCCGAGGCCACAGGCGCUCCCGGGCCAUCUCCCAUCCAGGCCCUGCAGGAGUAGGCCCCGCGAGCGCAGCUGGCCUGGUGGCGGUCCCUCCGCCUCCGUGGUCUGACCUCCUACUGGGAAGCCAGCUUUCCCACGUGCGUUCCACGCCGGUGGAUCUGCCCUGGUUUAUUCUCCCAGGAGCGUCGUGUUUGCACAGAUCCACGGCAGAAUAACUCCAUCAGGGAUCAUUGCUUGGUUUCUGAAAGCUGUCCUUUCAUGUCAAAUCAUCUUCGGAAAACUGACUCCUGGCCUCAGGUGCUGCAACAGAGCUGUGAGGCAGUGACAUUGGCUUCCGUGGGCUUGCACUUCCGUGGAAGUGGGCAUGUCCCCGCCCUCCACAUCCUGGCUCUGGCUGUCCACGGUGCCAGCUGGAGUGACACAGGAGCCAAGAUUUGGGGCACAGGUGUCAGUGACACUCGAGCACUAACGGGAACUUCAGACCUGCCUUUUGUUCAUUCGAAAGCAGCAGUGACGGGCAGGUGUUAAAUUACAGCAGGUGACUUCCCCCCCUGGAGCUCGUGGGGGUACCCCGUGCACACUCAGCUGGGGCCUCAGCCACCUUAGGGCCCUGCCCCAGCCACCGAGCAGUGGGAGGCACUGCCUCCCCCACAAGAGGUGCCUCUCAGCAUACACUUGCUCAUACGAGCUCACGCUUGUGCACACACUCAUUACCCGCUUGCUUUCUCACACUUGCAUGCGCACACUUGCUCACGCUUAUGCACACACUCGUUACCCGCUUGCUUUCUCACACUUGUGCUUCCCUGCACUCACACUUGCGCCUGUGCCCACACGUCUCCCACGCUGACACACUCGUGCGUGUUCACACACAUAUGCGUGCACACACAACCCUCAAACAGCACAGCCCUGCCGUGGGCGGCAGUGACAGCGUGAAGCCAUGGGGAGGGACAGGCAUGUGCUGUCAGGUUCCUUGUGAGCACUGCAUCUUGAAUAAAAUUUGUCUUAAUGAGCUUCCCUGGAAGAUGCCAGACUGGAGAGAGUUUUUUCAUUCUUUUCCUGCGAAACUGGAAUUUUACUUGUCACCUGUCUUUCUGUAGACCAUUCCAAUUAGCACACUAGUAACUCCAGCCCCAGUUUAGAUCAGACUGAAAAAGUGGAGAAUAAAGUGCUUGUGGGGGUGACCAAGUGCGUCUGCUGCCAUCUGUCUUGUGGCCAUGUGCUGUGACGCGGGGAAAACACGCUACCCACCACCGAGCCUGCCCAGUGAACGUCACAGUGAUCACUGCUAUUCCAGAGAGCCGGGGUUUGUGGGGGGCCUGAUACAAGCCAAGGGCCGUGUCCCCGGCAACUCCGCCCGGUGACUUGGUCGCACGUGAGAGAGGUGACAGGUUCCACCUCUUACUUGUGGACGGACAGGGUUUACAUGACUCAGCAUUGGCUGCGUGCGUCCCACGGGCUGGCACUGGGGGGGCAGCAGGGGAGUGCAGAGAUGGCCGGGCCGCUCCCAAGGGGCGGCGGGUGCGCCGACGACCCAGAGAGGCUGGUGAAGGCCUCUGAUGUGGCUGCAUCUUGUGCCUGCUCUCAGCUACAGUGUUUGGUGCAGUGUCUUGUGUGUUUGCAUUUAAGGACUUUCCCUCACUUUCUAACAUAGAAAACAUGUAAGAGAUGCUGUUAAUAAAUUUGGUUUAUGGAAUUGGCAGAUAGUGACAAGACAAAGUUCACCAAUUCACUUAAUGAUUUUACAGGAAAGAGAGAGAGACAGUGCAGGUGAAUUCCCACUGCCAUGUAGAUGGAAGCAGGAAGAGGGAGAGGAAGGUGUUUCCUGACUCUGGUUUCGAACAAAACUCGGAACCCUGGUGUGUCCUGUUGUCACGCCAGCCUGCACGCCCCUCGUGGGCCCGGCUUCCAGCGCUGGGUUUCCUGCUUCCGCCCAGCUCACGCAUUCACGUGCCCUCUCUCCACAUGCAGAUCUGCAGGUACUUGAGCUGCUAACUUCGCAAACCCAAGAGCUAUCUUUUUAACUCUAAAAUGUUCUUCCGGUUGUUCUUC